AGCUGCAGCCUGCGUCCGGCCCUCUCUGGGAGUAACGUCAGAAACAGCCGAGAAUGACUACUUUAACUCACCGGGCCCGUCGUGCUGAAGUAGGCAAGAACUCUGAAAAAAAGGUGGAAAGUGAGGAAGACGCUAAUCAGGACAGGAGUCCGGACAAUGAAGACGCAGGAGACUCCAAGGAUAUCCGGCUCACCCUCAUGGAAGAAGUCUUGCUUCUGGGACUAAAGGAUAAAGAGGGUUACACAUCUUUCUGGAAUGACUGCAUAUCCUCGGGCCUUCGAGGGGGCAUCCUGAUAGAGCUGGCCAUGCGGGGUCGAAUCUACCUGGAACCUGCCACCAUGCGUAAGAAACGGCUCCUAGACAGAAAGGUACUACUAAGGUCAGACAGCCCAACAGGUGACGUUUUACUGGAUGAAACUCUCAAACACAUCAAAGCCACUGAACCCACAGAAACUGUCCAAACAUGGAUAGAACUACUCACUGGUGAGACCUGGAACCCCUUCAAGUUACAGUACCAGCUGAGAAAUGUACGAGAGCGAAUUGCAAAGAACCUCGUAGAGAAGGGCAUUCUGACCACCGAGAAGCAGAAUUUCCUCCUUUUUGACAUGACGACUCACCCAGUGACCAACACAACAGAGAAACAGCGAUUAGUGAAAAAACUCCAAGACAGUGUGCUCGAGCGGUGGGUGAACGACCCGCAGCGCAUGGACAAGCGCACGCUGGCACUCCUGGUGCUCGCCCACUCCUCUGACGUGCUAGAAAAUGUCUUCUCCUCUCUGACAGAUGACAAGUAUGAUGUGGCAAUGAAUCGAGCCAAGGACCUAGUAGAACUGGACCCUGAAGUAGAGGGGACAAAGCACAGUGCUUCAGAGAUGAUCUGGGCUGUGCUGGCCGCCUUCAAUAAGUCCUAAAGCCCAGGUGGGUCUCCUUCCCCCAUUAACUAGUGACAGAAACACCAUCACUGAUUUUUGUGUGAUGAAAUAUUUUCAUCAUUUUUUUCCUUCUCUUGAAUCAGACUUGUGAUUUGGGGAGAGCAACUUGAGGGCUUCUCGGUAGAUCUUGACCAUUCUGAGCAGACUUUAUAUCUCCCUGAAUUUCCACGCCAGAGCAGAUGCACUGGGUGAGCCUAUACGGGCCCAGUAGGCAUUUUCCCUACUUGGUUUAUUUCCACCCACUGUGCUUUUGGAUAAGCAGGAAUAUCUGACUGGGAUUUGGCGUUCUUUAGCCACAGAAUGUGAAUGAGGUAUUAAACCUUUUGUUACAUCAUUUAAAGUUUGUUUUUCUAUCUUAAAUACGUGUUUUCACAGUCUUCGUCUCUCAGACUCUGCUGAGUAAUUCAGCUUAUCGAAAGAGUUGCCUCUUUGAAUAAGGGGCAAUGGGGGAAAAGACUAAUUUUUGGAGGGGCCUCCCUGGUGGCGCAAGGGGUUAAGACACAGCACUGUGAAGCUGUCCGCAGCCACUGCAACACGAGUUUGAUUCCCGGCCAGGGAGCUACCCACAUGGCGAAGCAGACCUCUCCUGUCUCCCCGCUGCUCCCCUCAGCAGUAUAUUUUAGUCAGUCUGCCUGUUCUGCUCCCCGCUCUGUCUCUGGUGAAUCCUCUCACCCUCUGCACCUCUGGCCUGUACCCCAGCUCUUGUAUGCAUAAAUAAAUCUUUAAAAAAAAACAGAACUACCUUUUGGAGCAUAUCGUCUCCAGGAUUAUCUAUCCCACUAAUGAUUUUUCUCUUUCGUUUUCUAAACAAAUGAGAUAUUCCAAAUUUGAUUACCUGGUUCUCACACUUGUAGAAUCAGAAAUAUUUUCUUUAUUCUCUCGGGAUUAUCCUAGUCCUUUAUUCAUUAGGACAAAAAUCUAAAUGAAAAAAAUAUAUCUGCCAACCACCUCCUUGGCACCAUUGGCAUUACAAUUUGUGAGAGAAAGGGCACGUGAGAAUCUCCAUCUUUUAGCAUGACCACCCUGGUUUCUGCAGACAACUUUACAUGUCUCCGCUCUGAUUGAGGGACUUGUCGGUUGCAGCUGCUGAACAGUGGCAUCCUGAUGCCAGGCAGUACCUCCACGCUCCAGAUCUCCCUGCUGUUGCCUUCCUACAUAAAUCAAUAGAUUGGGGCUCGAAGGGUUCUGGAAGUACCUUUAAUCCAGAGAUACCCUCCUAGUCAGUAGUCUCGUCUCUAUAGAACCAUCUUUCUAGCCAAAUCUCUCAAACAUUUUCAAGUCAAAGUGCAGAGAGAUGUUUACUUAGAAAAAUCCUAUUUGGAGGGACAAUUUGGUAUCAAAAGCUGCUGAUGUAUAAAGUCCAAUAUUUGUGAAUAUCAAAACACAAACACCACGUUGUACAAAUAUCAGGCAUUUAUUAUGCUGUUACUUUUAACGGAUGCUACACCAUGACCAUUGCAGAGAAAACAGCUGUCAGAGGGCUGCUGCUUGCGACUUAGAAUGAUUUGAAGUAAUUUAAACGAAUGAUUAUAACUUCCUCCCCAAGCCUUUCUAGCCCCACAAUAUCCCCAACCAAUUAACUCUUUGUUCUCAUUUUUCACAUUGGGUAUCACUUAGGUGACUAGAGAUAAAAACUUUCAUGUGAAACGAAUUGUAACUGUGAGCCUGAGCAGAGCUUCAGUCUGACUCUGUAAAGAACAAAGACCAGCUGUGUGUUGUCUCUGCCUGACUCUGUUUUUCUUUCCAUUUGAACAAUUCAGCAUGAAUUGAAACCAGGUUUUCCUGUGGAAAGUUUCAGCUUGAUUGGGGGGUAGAAGGUGAGUUGAGUUCCUUCUUGCAACUCUCGGCCUGUGUUUAUUUCUGUCGCCUCCCAGCGGGUGAGGCUGUCUCCGGUUGGAAUCUGCGUAAUGUCCGCAGCAGAGUGCUUCCCACUCGGCCUCCUCUUCUGUAUAAUAAAGAUCAACUGUUCGCUCUCUGAUUUCCUGUGCAGGUUUACAAGUUGAGUCCCUUUAGCUGGAAAUAAGAACCUUACACACCAGGCCAGAGGAGCCAUCUUUACACUGGGAUACAAGCCUUCGUUUCAUCCUGGGUGGGUUACACUAAUGUUCUUUUUAACACACGUAGCUAGGGAGCAGGACCCACCAGCACUGACCUGAAGACCAGCUAAUGCUGUAAGCCCAAGUUAUGUCUCCAUCUCAGUCCACUGAGGUACCCAGUUACACCAUUAUAGCCGUGGAGAGAGUCUGUUCUGCCCGCUGAUACUUACUUGUAAGUGAAGCCUGAACUUAUCUGAGAAUGAAGAGUCUUAAGUUUCAAGCACAGAUAACAUACCUGAGUUAUAGUUACAAAUAUGAAAUGUGAUAAGAUGACAUAUAAUUGAAUAUGGGAAAAUGUAAUUUAAUUGUAAUUUUCUUAUUGCUCUUCCCUUCUUUCUAAUAUCUGUAGCAAAAGGGACAGUAGUUAUUUCAAAGCUUUAGUCCCAUAGGUCAUCCUUUAUGCAAUGUUUCUCAAACAAAAUCACCAAAGUUGAUUUUGGGAGGUGUAUGAUUGCCGAAAUGCCCUUUCCUGGUAAGUCGCUCUCCAGGACCGCGGGCUUAGGAAACUGCCUCUGAGCACAGUCGCUAAAGGCUCGCACAUGAAAAUCUGAGAACACAGCGUUGUGUUUUAUUGUCUAUAAUUCAUGCAAAAAUUGUUAUGGAGUUACAAAUUAACUGGUUUAUAAUAAUAAAAAAAAUUGUGUAGGAAACAACGCCAGCUUCUGAGGACUCAUUUCAGUG